GGCGACUGCGGUGUGAGGAGGCGAGCCGGCGGGAGGGCGGGGGCGCCCAACGACGGCGUCGGGGGGCGGGGGGUGGCCGCGGCGGCGCGAGGCCUGAAGGGAGGCGACGCGAUGCUGGAGACCCUGCGCGAGCGGCUGCUGAGCGUGCAGCAGGAUUUCACCUCCGGGCUGAAGACUUUAAGUGACAAAUCAAGAGAAGCAAAAGUAAAAAGCAAGCCCAGGAGUGCUCCAUACUUAACAAAGUACUCCGCCGGACUGGAAUUACUUAGCAGGUAUGAAGAUACGUGGGCUGCACUUCAUAGAAGAGCGAAGGAAUGUGCAGAUGCUGGAGAGCUGGUGGACAGCGAGGUGGUCAUGCUCUCUGCCCAUUGGGAGAAGAAGAGGACCAGCCUGUCAGAGCUGCAGGAGCAGCUGCAGCAGCUGCCAGCUCUCCUCCAGGAUGUGGAGUCCUUGAUGGCAAGCCUGGCUCAUUUAGAGACGAGUUUUGAAGAGGUAGAAAACCACCUGCUGCAUCUGGAGGAUUUGUGUGGGCAGUGUGAGUUAGAAAGACACAAACAUGCACAGUCCCAACACCUGGAAAAUUACAAGAAAAGUAAGAGGAAGGAGCUUGAAGCCUUCAAAGCUGAACUAGAUGCCGAGCACACUCAGAAGGUCUUGGAGAUGGAGCACACCCAGCAACUGAAGCUGAAGGAGCGGCAGAAGUUCUUUGAGGAAGCCUUCCAGCAGGACAUGGAACAGUACUUGACCACAGGCUACCUGCAGAUCGCAGACAGGCGAGAGCCCAUGGGCAGCAUGUCAUCCAUGGAGGUGAAUGUGGACAUGCUGGAGCAGAUGGACCUCAUGGACAUCUCUGACCAGGAGGCUUUAGAUGUCUUCUUGAACUCCAAUGGAGAAGACAUUGUACUGUCCCCUGGUUUAGAGCAUGAAACCAACCCCUGUGAGAAUGAGAUGACUCUUCAGAUUCCAAAUCCCUCAGAAAUGGCUAUCCAGCCACCUGCCUCACCCUCUGCCUGUGCUGACCUGGACACCAUCGAGGCCCCACUCAUCCAGUCUGACGAGGAGGAGGUACAGGUGGACACUGCCUUGGUCACAUUACACACUGACAGAAACUCCAGCCCAGGUGUCAGUGAUGACAGCGACUCAACUCAGGACAUUUAGAUGACUUGCCAGCUGUGUGCAGUCCUCCAGCAAAGCCAGGGUCUGUAGAGGUUUUUGAAUUUUCUUUUUUUACACAAUUGCUAAUGGUAUGUGAGAAUCAUUGGAGAAGAGCUCACAAUAAAGCUGUGGACUGAACAGUAA